CCCCAGCAGCGCAAGCCACGGGGGGAGAUCGGCCAGACGUUGUCGAACAUUUUCGAGAAUGCUGAAUCGACGCGCGGGCUGCGACGCGGCGACUUUGUCGGGCUGCAGGAGGCACCGAUGCCGAUCGAGCUGACACAAGCGGUCAUGCCGACGGCGAUUCGCGCCGCACUGAAGAACGCGCAGAACACGGUGGCCCUGGAGUCGACCGUCUUCUCGGAGGCGCAUUUGAGGGCGGAUCACGAGGUGCGCGCGACGAUGAAGCUCAAAGGCCAGUCCUUCGUCCAGGAGACGACCCGCCUCCGCCAACAGCACCGCCAGGAGAUCAGCGAGGGCCGCAUCGUUGAGGAGUUAGGCAAGCUAGGCAACCGGGUGGGCGCGCAGACGGCUGCCAACAUCAAGCAAUACCUGGGCGGCAUUCGAGCGGAUCAAACGAUCACCCACGACACCCUCGCAAGCCAGGCGAAGCACUGCCGAGUGAGCCACACGCGCGACAG